GGACACACAGACACUUUGGACACAGGCAUUCCUCAUCAGGGACAUACUUGUUUUAUCCUGAGAGAAGAGAGGUCCUUCUUCUGGGUUGCUGGAUCCUCCCGUGGUGGGCCCUUCAGGACCUAAACAGAGAAGCAGAGAGAAGAAGGAGAAGAACCAUCACACUGAGCAUCAUCAGACCAGCUCAGAGUCAUCAAGACUCUCCAGACUUGUGUGUCAUUAACUCACCUCUUGAAGAAGAAGAUAUCUGCUGCACAGCCAUGAGGAUCUUCAACCUGCUCUACGUGCUCCUGCUGCUGGUAGCCGUGGUAACACAAGUCUCCUCCGCCAGACCAGGUAAGCAUGAUUUCCUGAACCUACGGAGAAGAUACCACAGGCAUCACUGCCCACACAGACGCUGCCUGCCUCUCCACUCCAGAGUACCCUUCCCCUAAGGUUGAAGCACAAGAAUGAGGGUGACCUGAGGAGAGAAAUGUGAAUAUGAAGCAACUGCAGAGUGCGGCCCAAACACCGUGGAUAGAUUGUAAAAGUGGAGGAGACACCAUGAACAUGCUAACUAAAGACUGCAAGAGAGCUACAAGAAACUGUCUCCAUUCCCAUCAAAAUAGAAACCAUGCAAUGUUUUGGCAUCCUGGUGGACACAGAUCCCAGCUGCAAGCCCUCUUCGUCCUCUAAAGCUAAUACUGAACGAGAAAAAAUGGAGAAGGAGCUACAUCAUCAAGUAUAUUCAACACUCAACUUUAAAAGCUACGGACCAAAGAGCUGGAAUCAUCUUAGUGACUGCAGCUACGAUGAAUCCUCACAGUAUUCCUACAAAGUGUUUAUAAUGCAUGUAUGCACUUCAAAUGUUUAUUGAAUUACAUUUUAAACUUUUUAAUAAAAAAAAAUUUAUCA